AAAGGGAGGGGAGAGAGUUGGAAAGGGAGGGCAGGGAGAGAAGGGAGGGAAGACAGAAAGAAAGAGAUAGAGACCAUUUGACCUGGCACAGGAUAUCCACCCUUAAACGAAAGGAGAGUUUGCCAGGCAAGCAGGCACAGGGCCAGCUCUCCCCCUUCAUUCACCUCCAGCAUUGAACUGGCAUCCUAAUUCCUGAACCAGCCCAGAGUUGAGAGGAGGACAGGAGCCGGCACACAUACAAGCAAGGAUAUAUAUACACCAUCUGAGAUGUACAUGUACGUAUACCAGAAUAGAUGCUGAUGACCACAUUAACAGAGCCCUUAUUAAGACAAGCAUGAUUAACUCUUAAGACUGAAAUUGGAAUAUACACUGAAGAACAGAUGCACACAGCACAACUGGUAAACUUAGAGGAAGCAGAAUUUUACCUACAGUGUGUGAAGGACGUUGAAGCAGCUCGUUAAGAAGAAAGUUGUCUGUGGCGUGUUUAGGCACAACCCACACAUGGAACCCUGGAAUUACUAGCAGGUUAAGGCUGGUGUUCAUUUCAGAGUACCCUUGAGUCCAUGCCAGCAACUGCAUGAAGUAUAUCAGAGCAGCAAGUUGAACAGGGGCUCACACCAAGGGGCAGAUUUACAGGCGUAGAGGACAAUUCGCUAGAGACCACCGCUAUCGUAGUUCUUCACCCUAUCACCAGGCGAAUUUUCGCUGAGGCGAAGGAUCGUUAAUCCGCCAAUUAACUAAGGGUGUAUGAUUUGCCUGGGUCAGUCCACUUUCUUUAGAUUUAACCACCCAGCUGAAGCUCACUGGAUGAAAACCAUGAUUCCUUCCACUGGGAGAAGCCCUGCGCCAGGCUUGUACCCAUCAGAGUCUUCAUCCUCCUUGUUAAAUGGUUCUCGUGAUGCAACUUACCCAAGAACUGUACCCUCCCAUACCUCACUAGUAAGCUCCAUUGAGAAAAAUCUUCAGGAUAUCAUGGACUCAUUAGUUUUAGAAGGGCCUGCACCACUGAGCAGGAAGCUUUCCCAGACCUCACUCAACAAUAUUACCCUUAUGACCAAUGGAGAGGGCAGACGGCACAUGCUUUCACCUCAAACAAGUCCACCUUACUCAAACUCAGGAUACGACAAUACCUUUCCCUCCCCACUCUCUUCUCCUGGAAGUGGAAGUCUCACUAGCCCCUCUCCAGGGCAAGAUGCAGGAACACCAACAGCACCCCCUGUGGUGCCACUUCGAACUUCUAGCUUUAGCCAUUCCUUGUCACGACCAGUUCCCACAUAUGGAGGAAGCAACCUUGACCUACGUUCUAAUCGCAGUGCAGGAAGUGGGUCUCUGCUCAGUCCUUCAAGCCCAGCAACAGGAGGUAGAAUGGGGGGACUUAGUAUGCCAAGCAGUCCACUCUUCGGUAGUAAGUUUCAUCACCAGAUCACAGACCGCCCAACCAGCCCUUUUAGACAGGUGGUAGGACCAACACGAAGUCUGCCACCAGAGAGUCCAAGACUUGGGAGGAAGAACCUUGAAAGCAUGAGGGACCUACCCCCACUUAGCCCUUCUAUGCCACGUAGAAGUUCAUCUAGCUCCUUUAAGCCUGCUUCAGACAGCCCAUCUCGAGUGCCAGACAGCCCCAGCACUUUAGGACGACGUCGGGUGGGUAGUGCUAGCUCUCCUGGCACUGAAAAUAAUACAAACACAAGGCAGGUAAGGGAGCGCAGCCCAUCUCCCUCCUCUCUUCAAGAGACCUCCCGUCGACUAACUCCAGCAUAUAGCAUGGGAUCACUGGGAACCCCUUCACAAAGCCCCCGGGCACAAAGAAAAGGGCCUAUGCUACGGGAACGCAAAAACAGCAUCAGUGAAAUUUCUGGAAACCAAGAAGAGCUAAUGGACUACCAUAGGAGGCAGAGAGAAGAAAGACUUAGAGAGCAGGAAAUGGAAAGGCUGGAACGGCAGAGGCUGGAAACCAUUUUAAACUUGUGUGCAGAAUACAGUAAAACAGAUGAUACAACACUUCCAGUUCGCCUGGAGGAGAUAAGGGGCUUCCCCUCCCUGGGGGGCACAGAGGAAAACACUGCAUCCCUCUACACUCGUAGACCAUCUUGGGAGAACACCAGGAGCACCAAUCUAGAGAGCACAGGCAAUAGGGUAAAAGCACGGGGGGAACAGAAUGAGGAGGAGAUUCAGAGAGAAGAGAACAGCAGUACGGAGAGUACCCAACAUGAGCAGGAAGAUGCAGUAAGCCCAACUGGGGAUGCAGAAUUACUAGUCCUGGUGGAGCAACGCAGGCAGACCCUGGGACGUGUGGAUCAGCUAAAGAAUAGAGUGACUGAGUUAGAGGGUCAGUUGCAGGAAAGCGCAAGGGAGGCAGAGAUGGAACGUGCCCUUUUGCAAGGGGAACGGGAGGCUGAGCUUUCCCAAUUGCAACAUGAGCAGAGGAUGGCCCAACAACUGCAGGACAGUCUGGCUGACUUUGAAAACAACAUCCAGAAAGAAAAAGACAAGGCACGUGAGAAACUGGAGCAGGAGAGGAUGGAGCUGCAGAGUAUUCAGCUUUCUCACCACGACCUGCAGAGGCAGCUCCAUAACUGCCCUGAAGCUCUGCGGGAGCAGGUGCAGUGCCAGCUGACACGGGAGUCUGAACUCCUGGAGUCGAAGAUGAAACAGUUUGAAGAUCUAGAAUUCCAGCAGCUAGAAAAGGAAAGCCGCUUGGAAGAGGAAAGAGAGACCGCAAGUCAGCAACUUUUACAGAGCAAGGGAGAAUGCCAGAGAAGCGUUGCACGCAGGAAGGAACGCCUGGCUGCUCUGGAGAUGCAAGCCAAUCAGAUUUGCCUCCAGGCAGCGCAGGAUGCAGAACAUCUUGGCCAGGAAAGAAGCAAUGUACUUUUGCAGCUACACAAGGAGAAAGAGAAGCUGGUUCAGAUGGAGAGAAGUUACCAGGCACUAACAGGACGGCGGGGAUUCUUAACUGGAUCAGCUGCUCUCAGAGAUGAUGCUCUCCACAUCUCUGAGACUAGUGGCUGCUUACUCGCUCAAGCUGAUGUUUCUUGCACACCCGCUAUCCCUUCCGUCUGCUCUUACUCCCCUUCCUGGCAGCAAGAGGAAUACCUGUGCCUCUCUGAUGUUCUGCGCUUGUACAGCAGCUCACCUCUUGUUCCUGCUUUCCCCCUUCUCUCUGCUGCAGAGCCCACCACCGCCCUUGAGUACAUCACUUUAGAUCAGCUACAGGAUAUUCUGGAAAGCAUGCCCACAGGUUCUACCCCAACUGCUGUACCAAUGGCUGGCCCUGAUGUGAACUCCGCCUCUUGUGCUCCUUCACCUGAGGACCCUCCUCCUGUUCAUCUCUCUUCUUCAUCUUCCUCCUCUCCCUCCAUUUCUCUGGAGGUGAAUUCCCCAACAACAGAAGGUCACUCUGCACCCCCAGCUCCUGAUUUGGAUGCCUGGUACCAAGAUUUAGUAACUGCUCCUUCUGCCUCUUCUUCUCCAUCUUCUUCCCCCCCUCCACUCCCUGCUAAAUCUCACUCAUCUCGUAAAGCUUUGCAGAUUUCUCGAUCUCGGACAGAAAUUGGAGGUGGAGGCACUCUUCCACGGAUGAAAACAGUCUCCCCCUCUUCUUCUCACUUUUCAGUGGCCACGCUGGGCCGUAGUGUUUCUCCAAAGAAUGCCCCUCUGACACAGAAUGGCACAGGCAGUCUCUCCAGAGGAUUGGCAGUAACAAUGCAAGACAUCCAAAGCAAAAGACAGCUGGCACUGCAGCAAAAAGACAGUCUGAGCACAGAGGAUUCUCUUCCAUCUGAAGUUGCAGGUCAGCAAGUGAUAGAGGAGCAGCGUAGACGUCUUGCAGAGUUAAAACAGAGAGCCGCAGUUGAGGCACAAUCUCAGUGGGAAUCUCUUCACGGAGCCCCUAAUCAAGGGUACACACCUAUUAUGCACCACUCCAUUCUUCAUCAUCAGCGGCCUUUCAAUUCUCGUGAAGAUGACCCUACACAUGGAUUUGACACUCUGAGUCUGGAGAGUUCUGAUAGUUUAGACACUAGUGUUUCUACAGGAAACUCGGCAUGUUCUCCUGAUAACAUGUCAAGUGCUAGUGGUUUAGACAUGCUGAAGAUAGAAGAGAUGGAGAGAAUGCUUCUAGAAGCUCAUGCAGAGAGAUCCAGGCUUGUAGAAUCCAGGGAGCGUGAGGUUGAGGUACGCAGAAAAGCACUAGAUGAUGAGAGGCGAAGGAGAGAAGAGCUGGAAAGACGCCUUCAAGAUGAGACGGCUCACAGGCAAAGACUAGUAGAGAAGGAGGUCAAGAUGAGGGAAAGGCAUUUUUCACAGGCACGUCCUCUAACACGCUAUCUUCCAAUCCGGAAGGAAGAUUUUGACCUCCGAGCUCAUAUAGAAUCCUCAGGACAUUCAGUAGAUGCCUGCCCUCAUAUCAUUUUAAAUGAGAAGAUGUGUCGUGGAUUUUUGACUAAAAUGGGUGGAAAGAUAAAGUCAUGGAAAAAGCGCUGGUUUGUCUUUGAUCGCCUCAAACGUACCCUAUCCUAUUAUGUAGAUAAACAUGAGGCAAAGCUGAAAGGAGUUAUCUAUUUCCAGGCCAUAGAAGAAGUUUAUUACGACCACCUCAGGAGUGCAGCCAAGAAAGGACUUUUUAACCUCAGCCUGGCCACUCAGAUAUCCGAUUUUCUUUCUGUGCCCCUGUGGAAGGAGAGUCCGAACCCAGCGCUAACGUUCUGUGUCAAGACGCACGACCGGCUGUAUUACAUGGUAGCGCCCUCCCCAGAGGCUAUGCGGAUAUGGAUGGAUGUUAUUGUAACCGGGGCUGAGGGUUACACUCAGUUCAUGAACUAAUACAGGUGGCUCCCAUAUUGCUUAAUAUUACUCUUCCUCAGGAACCACAGGGAAACUGAGAUAAAAGCAAUUCUCUCUUUUUCAGUGUUAUAAUAAUACACUACCCACUGCAUUCUGGGAAAUGGCCAAAUCCUUGGUGCGAAGCCUACAGCAGUGCGUCUGGAGACGCUGAUGGUGCAACAGGUUGAACAGUACUGUUAUCACAUUUAAUGGUUUAGAAAAGUAUUACUUUUUUAUACUUUUUUUUUUUUUGUUCUUGUUUUUUACUUGCGCGUUAUUCUGGUGCCGUUGUGAUCUUUGGUCUAUAUUAUAUUUUUAAAGACAAGCUGGCAGUGCAAUAAUGCUAUGCCAGUUACAGAUACUGCUCUCUAUAUAUCUAUAUCUAUAUAUAUAUAUAUAUAUAUCUAUAUAUCUAUAUAUCUAUAUAUCUAUAUAUCUAUAUAUCUAUAUAUCUAUAUAUCUAUAUAUCUAUAUAUCUAUAUAUCUAUAUAUAUAUAUAUAUAUAUAUAUAUAUAUAUAUAUAUAUAUAUAUAUAUUGCCUUAUUGGGGCCUAUCGUGGUGGAGUUAGUGUUGCCUUGCCCAUAUCCCCUCUGCUGUGGGCAACCUCAUUGUGUUAACCCAAAUACCGCCUGUGCCUUUGUUUUGUGAGGCAAAAAUCAGAUGAUAUUUUAUUCUCUUUAAACUGCCCUAAGCCCUUGGUAAGGUUCUCCACAAAGGGGCUGUCAUAUUCCACUUACAACAUGAACAGAAGAUGAGUUUAAGAAACUACGAAACGUUAUAUCCAUACUGACAUUUCAAGCAAAAGGGUUUAUUUGGAAUUGAUUUUAUCCUUGGGUUUGUGUUUCCUGUGCUUUGCUCUGCCUUGUAUGUAUCAUCAAAUUCAUAUUAUAUAUUAUAGGACUUGUUUUUUGCUACGUUUUUGUAAUUAUCACCAGGUUUGGUCGCAUCUGAAGGUUUUGUAAAAGAAAUCCAAGAGGAGUUCUGUCUCCCUAUCAUUAGCAGUAUCCAAGUUACUAUUUGGCAGAUAAUCACAGUAUUCUCAUUAAACAUAUAUAUAUACAUGUAAAUACAUAUAUUAUGUGCCAGGGGAAUAAUAUAUUAUGAAUGGUUGUACCGGAUGAAAUGAUUAAAGACGUUAUAAUGACAUUUAAUCAGGAUGGUAAUGGUUAAAACAAGCUGGACUUAAAUAAAAGACCAUACAUUUGAAAA